CGGUUGCUGUUGCUGCUCCCGCGGCGGCGUCUUCCUCUUCCUCCUCCUCCUCCUCUCUCGGCGUCGGAGCGCGGGUCGGACCAGCCGCUGCCCCUUCGGCGAUGGCCGCGAACAUGAACCCGGACCUGCGCAAGGAGCGGGAGGCGGCAUCCUUCGACACGGAGCUCCUCACCCACGUCUUGGACGGGGCCGCCGAGCGGACCCGGCGCCGCAGGGAGAUCGAAGCACUUGUUAUGAAUGACCCAGACUUUAAGCAUGAGGAUGUAAAUUUCCUCUCUCGCAGUGAACGCUAUGAAGAAGCUAUCAGGAAGAGUGCUUUAAUGGUGAUGAAACUCAGAGAUUAUGGAGUUGCAGAUCCAGAUGAGAUCUACUGGUUUAAAAGCAUAUGCACAGGCAUGGCCCGACCUGUUUUGCCUAUUGAUCUGCAUUACAGCAUGUUUAUGCCCACCUUAAGGAACCAGUGCACUUUUGCCCAGCAAGAGAAAUGGCUGCCUCUGGCCUCUCAGUUCCAGAUAAUCGGCACCUACGCUCAAACAGAAAUGGGGCACGGAACUCAUCUCCGAGGAUUGGAAACCACAGCCACUUAUGAUCCUGCAACCCAAGAGUUCAUCUUAAACAGCCCAACUGUUACUUCUAUUAAGUGGUGGCCAGGUGGAUUGGGUAAGACGUCAAAUCACGCUAUUGUUUUGGCUCAGCUGUACACCCAGGGCAAAUGUCAUGGCUUACAUGCUUUCAUUGUGCCAAUACGCCAACUGGGAACACAUGAACCACUGCCAGGCAUUACUGUUGGUGAUAUUGGACCUAAGUUUGGUUAUGAUGAAAUGGAUAAUGGCUACUUAAAAAUGGACAACUUCCGCAUUCCCCGUGAAAACAUGCUAAUGAAACAUGCCCAGGUUGAACCAGAUGGCACAUAUGUGAAACCCUUAAAUGCCAAGCUAACAUAUGGGACCAUGGUAUUCAUCCGCUCAAUUAUUGUAGGUGAUGCUGCUCGCUCUUUAGCCAGAGCUUGUACAAUUGCCGUCCGUUACAGUGCCGUGAGACACCAGUCUGAAUUAAAGCCAGGGGAACCAGAGCCUCAGAUUUUGGAUUAUCAGACUCAGCAGUACAAACUGUUUCCUCUUCUGGCAACAGCGUAUGCCUUCCACUUUGUGGGUGCCUAUAUGAAAGAUACCUAUCAUCGCAUCACUGGGAACAUCAGUGAGGGAGACUUGAGUGAGCUGCCAGAGCUGCAUGCGUUGUCUGCAGGGCUUAAAGCCUUCACUUCUUGGAUUGCCAAUGCUGGCAUUGAGGAAUGUCGGAUGGCUUGUGGUGGGCAUGGCUAUUCCCGCUGCAGCGGCCUGCCUGAUAUCUAUGUCAAUUUCACUCCCUCCUGCACGUAUGAAGGAGAGAACACUGUCAUGAUGCUGCAGACUGCCAGAUUCCUUGUCAAAAGCUAUACCCAAGUUAGUUCAGGACAGCUGGUCAGUGGCAUGUUGUCGUACCUGAAUGAUAUACCCGGGCAACACAUUCAACCCCAGCAGGUGGCUGCCAGACCCACAAUGGUGCAUAUCAACAAUCCAUCCAGCUUGGUGGAAGCAUAUAAAUUGAGAGCUUCUAGGCUGGUUGAAUUUGCAGCAAAGAACUUGCAAGCUGAACUCAAUCGUAGAAAGGGCAAGGAAGAGGCUUGGAAUCGGACUUCAGUUGAUCUAGUGCGAGCUUCUGAGGCACACUGUCACUAUGUGGUAGUCAAGCUAUUCACAGCAAAGCUUUCAGAAAUUGGUGAUCCUGCUGUCAAGGCGGUCCUUAACAACUUGUGUCUACUGUAUGCACUCCAUGGGAUUAGUAAAAACAGUGGAGAUUUUCUGCAGGGAGGCAUUUUAUCAGAUGCACAAAUAAAUCAGGUGAACCAGCGUGUGAAGGAACUCUUGGCACUAAUCCGCCCCAAUGCAGUAGCUCUGGUAGAUUCCUUUGACUUUCAUGAUUCCGUGCUUCAGUCUGUACUCGGUCGAUAUGAUGGUAAUGUCUACGAAAAUAUGUUUGAGUGGUCAAAGAAAUCACCACUAAAUAAAACACAGGUCCAUCCAUCUUUCCACAAACACCUGAAACCAAUGCAAUCCAAACUGUGAUGACCUUUGCUGCUGUUUCAGUGUACAGUUUUCCAGUUCCCUUGAAUCCAAGAUGUCAUUUGCCCUACAAACACCCGAAUCACUUGGCAAAUCCAGAUAGCUAUAGGGUAAUCAGUAAUGGUAGCCUUUUCCUCACAUUUAAAAUAAUUUUUAAGGGGUUAGAGCACAGGAAUACAAAAUGAUAAAAGUGCAAUUGUAAUUAUGUGCAGAAAUUAGCCUUUUUAAUCUUUCAGAAACGCUAUACAAAUUGGUAUAUUGUCAAUUUGUGAAAAACUUCAGAUUGCUACUGAAGCCAACAGGAUUUUUUUAUUGGGAAGUCAUUCCAAAAGUAGUCAGCUGGCAACAGCUUGUCUUCUGAAAAUUCUGUUAAAACACAACAUCGUUUUGCACCCUUUAUCAGUAUUGAGUGCAGUACAGUGGUGCCUCGCAAGACGAAAGUAAUUCGUUCCACGAGUAGAGCCGUCAUGCGAAAUUUUUGUCUU